GACGAUCAUGACUAGUUUCAACCUCUGUGCAUGAAGAAAUGAAUGGUCAUGAUAGGAACAUGCAGGCCCACAGAUCACAUUCAACAUCCAUGGUCUUCCUGUUAGGUGUUGUACUGUUGACCAUAAUUCACUUGGUGAAUACAACAGUUCCAUGCACCGAAAACAACUCCAAGAUUCUUCAGAAAGGAGUGAAGCUUGCCAGGUUAAUGAAUAGGACCACUGCAGAUAUCACAAAGACAUAUCAAGCCUAUCAGGGGGACUUUGUGGAGCAGUUCUGCAAAAUGUCAAUGGACAAUGUGCCAGCCUCCACGCUUUCUGGCCGGACUUCAUCUGAACGCGUGCUUAGCAUUUAUACUCAUCUAAAGGAGUUCCUGCCACAUGUGAAGAAGGUGCUGGAGCAACAGAAUGACCUGCAACCCCCCUCUAGCCCUCUGCUCCCUGUCUUGUCUCAGCUCAAGGAGCAAAUCAAUCACCUUGCCCAGAGGGUGAAUUGCAUUUUCCAAAUCCUGCAGCCUAACAUCCUUGUGCCAGAGCCACCAGCAUGGCCCACCAGAAUUCCUCCUGCUCAAAACAUCUUUCAGCAGAAGGUCUAUGGCUGUGUGGUUCUGACUAGGCUCAGUGAAUUCCUCUCCGCAACGCUUGAAGAACUCAGGUCACUCAAGGGCAGCAUGGGCAAAAAAAGGACUGGAAAAGAACUACUGAGUAAUAGUUGGAAUUAAUUAGGGUUUAUCUAUUUUAUUUAUUAUUUAUUUAUUUUUGCACAUACUUUCUGUAAAUAUUAAAAAUGGGACUACAUG